GAAAUGUAAAUCACUAGUUCCCCAUCACAACAAAAUCCCCAGAAUCGCCACCGUCUCCCUAUAUACCGAGUCAACAAAAUUAAAUUAAAAAGUAAGACUCUUUUUGAAAACCGCUGAGUAUUAUUUUCAUAAAUACUCUCUCACUCACCAAGGACCGCUUUGUUCCUUCAUCUUCGUGUAACCUUUCUACUUCAGUGAGCUUCCUCUACGAUAUUUGUCUGUACCCGAAGUUCUGUCUUUAUCCCGGUCUUUCGAUCGCCCACUCCAGGGUUUUUCUUCCUCGGUCAAAUCCUUGGGUUUUCCGAUUGUUAGCGUCUUCUUCCUUUUUGUAAAAUCGUAUUAGAAAGCCAUGGAUGCCGAUGAGAUGGAAACCGAGAACGCUGAUCAAGCCUCUAUCACUCCUCUAUCAUUUGCAAGAAGCUAUCAGGUAGAGGCACUUGAGAGAGCUAUAAAGCAGAACACAAUCGUGUUCUUGGAGACUGGUUCUGGCAAAACCCUUGUUGCCAUUAUGCUUCUUCGUCUCUACGCCUACCUAUUCCGCAAACCUUCACCGUUCUUCAGCGUCUUCUUGGUUCCUCAAGUGGUUCUUGUUACUCAACAAGCAGAAGCCCUGAAGAUGCACACUGAUCUAAAAGUGGGUAUGUAUUGGGGAGACAUGGGGGUUGACUUUUGGGAUUCUUCAACAUGGAAACAAGAAGUCGAUAAAUACGAGGUUCUUGUGAUGACCCCUGCCAUUUUGCUCGAUGCAUUGAGACAUAGUUUUCUCAGAUUGAACAUGAUCAAGGUUCUAAUAGUUGAUGAGUGUCAUCACGCUAGGGGAAAGCACCCUUACGCUUGUAUCAUGAGGGAGUUCUAUCACAAGGAGUUGAAUUCUGCAUCUUCCCAUGUUCCAAGGAUAUUUGGGAUGACUGCAUCCCUUGUGAAAGCCAAGGGUACGAAGUUGGAUAGCUACUGGAAAAUUAUUCAUGAACUUGAAACUCUAAUGAAUUCAAAGGUGUAUACCUGUGAGAAUGAGUCCGUGCUUGCUGGGUAUGUCCCCUUCUCUACACCAAGCUUCAAGUACUAUAAGCACAUGGAAAUGCCAAGUUCCAAAUAUGCAAGCUUGGUAGGGAAGCUGGAAAAGCUAACCACAAAGGACAAUGGACUUGUUUUUCAGCAUCGCUUAUCCCUUGCAAACUUGGAUCUCAAAGCCUCUACUGUUGAAUCUAUAGAGAAGCGACUGCGGAAGAUUAGUUCAUGCCUAACUUAUUGUUUAGAUGAUCUCGGAAUUUGGCUGGCGCAGAAGGCUGCUCAGUCAUUGUCAGCCAGUCAGAAUGACUUUGCCUUGUGGGAACAACUAAAUCUGUUUAGUGAGACUUUCGUAAAACAAUUCUGUUCUGAUGCUUCGCAGGCUUUUUUAGCUGACAUACCUCAUGGUCUUAACUGGAGUGCUGAUAACAUUAAAGAAAAUUUGGAGUCAGGUCUCGUAACGUCCAAAACAGUCUGCCUCGUUGAAUCUCUUCUUGGUUAUAGCUCCUUGGAGAAGAUACGGUGCAUCAUUUUUGUGGAUAGGGUGAUAACAGCAAUAGUUUUGGAAUCCCUUUUGGCCGAGAUUCUUCCGAACUACAAUAGCUGGAAAACCAAGUACGUUGCAGGAAACAACUCUGGUCUGCAAAGUCAAACUCGGAAGAAGCAAAACGAAAUUGUGGAAGACUUCCGAAGAGGCUUGGUAAACAUCAUUGUAGCAACAUCUAUUCUAGAGGAGGGCCUAGAUGUUCAAAGUUGCAAUCUUGUUAUCAGAUUCGACCCUGCAUCCAACAUUUGCAGUUUCAUACAGUCUCGUGGGCGUGCUAGAAUGCUAAACUCAGAUUAUUUGAUGAUGGUGGAAAGCGGAGAUGUAUCAACGAGAGAUCGGUUAAUGAAAUACCUUUGUGGUGGGAAAAGAAUGCGUGAAGAGUCUCUGCAUCAUUCUCUUGAUCCCUGUCAACCUCUUCUAGAUGAUUCACCCGGGGAAGUCUAUCGUGUGGACAGUACGGGAGCAAUUGUAAAUUUUAGCUCCAGCGUUAGCUUAAUAUAUUACUACUGCUCAAAGCUUCCGUCAGAUGAAUACUUUAAACCAGCACCUAGGUUUGAUAUAGACAAGGAUCAGGGGAUCUGUACGCUAUACUUACCUAAGAGCUGCCCAAUCAAGGAGGUUGGAGUUGAAGCACAGGGUAAUGUGUUAAAACAAGCUGUCUGUCUUGAAGCUUGUAUUCAGCUGCACAAAGCUGGAGCUCUCACUGAUCAUCUUGUCCCUGACAUGGUUGUGGCGGAAAAUGUCGAACAAAAGCUCGGGAAAAUACACUAUAACACAGAACAGCCAUGUUACUUUCCCCCAGAGCUAGUCUCCCAGUUCUCAGGACAGUCGCAGACAACAUACCACAUCUACUCAAUAAGAAUGAAGCCAGACUCUCCAAGAAAUUUCCUUUUUAACGAUAUUUUUCUGGGGACCAGAACUGAGCUUGAAGAUGACAUUGGGAACACCGGUUUCAAGCUGGAAGAUCAUCGUGGUACAAUAGCUGUGACAUUGACCUAUGUGGGAGCGUUUGACUUUACACAAGAGGAGGUCCUCUUGUGUAGAAAGUUUCAGAUAACUCUUCUCCGAGUUCUUUUGGAUCACAGUGUGAAUAAUUUGAUGGAGGCAUUGAAUGGAUUGCAUCUCAGAGACGGGGUGGGACUUGAUUAUCUACUGCUUCCAUCCACUCAUGAGCAUGAAACAUCUCUUGUUAAUUGGGAGGUGAUUAGAUCCGUGAACUUAACUUGUCAUACAGCUUCGGAAAGACACGUGGGCUGUUCUGCCAAGUGUGCUUCUCGCAUUCUUCAUACAAAACACGGCUUGCGUUGUACUUGUGUCGUACAAAAUGCUUUGGUUUACACCCCACACAAUGGAUACGUCUACUGCACCAAAGGUGUUCUGAACAAUCUUAACGCAAAUUCAUUGCUGACUAAGAGAAGUUCUGGCCAUCAGACUUACAUGGAGUACUAUGAGAAACGGCAUGGGAUUCAAUUAAAUUUUGUGGGUGAACCACUUCUGAAUGGGAGACACAUUUUCACGCUGCAUAAUUACAUUCACAUGACCAAGAAGAGAAAGGGGAAAGAGCAUGACAGAGAGUUUGUUGAACUACCUCCUGAACUGUGUCAUGUCAUUAUGUCGCCAAUACCAGUCGACAUGAUCUAUUCAUAUACUUUCAUCCCGUCUGUUAUGCAACGCAUUGAAUCUUUGCUUAUAGCAUACAACCUGAAGAAGAGCAUCCCUGAAGUCAACAUUCCAACCAUCAAGGUACUGGAAGCCAUCACGACGAGGAAGUGCCAAGAUCAGUUCCACUUGGAAUCACUAGAAACUCUUGGUGACUCUUUUCUCAAAUAUGCUGUUUGUCAGCAACUAUUCCAAGAGUUUCGUAGUCAUCAUGAGGGUCUUCUCAGCACGAAGAAAGAUGCAAUGAUUUCAAAUGUCAUGCUCUGCGAAUUUGGAUGCCAGCAGAAGAUUCAGGGAUUUAUCCGCGACGAGUGUUUUGAACCUAAAGGUUGGAUGGUUCCUGGUCAAACAGCUGCAGCUUAUACUCUUGUUAAUGAUCUUCUUCCUGGUUCAAGGAACAUAUACAUUGCUAGGAGGAGGAAUUUGAAACGCAAGAGUGUGGCUGAUGUUGUAGAAUCGCUUAUUGGUGCAUAUCUCAGCGAGGGAGGUGAAGUUGCAGCUUUGAUGUUCAUGAAUUGGGUUGGAAUAAAGGUCGACUUCACAGCUACGAUGAUCCAAAGAGACUUCUCAAUACAAGCUGAGAGGCUUGUGAAUGUAGGCUAUAUGGAGUCGCUGUUGAACUAUAAGUUUGAGGAUAAGUCUCUUCUAGUCGAGGCACUGACUCAUGGUUCAUACAUGAUUCCUGACAUUCCAAGAUGCUAUCAGCGGCUGGAGUUCCUCGGUGACUCAGUGUUGGAUUAUCUCAUAACAAAGUAUUUGUACGGUGAAUAUCCUAAUCUUUCUCCUGGACUACUAACCGACAUGCGCUCUGCUUCCGUGAACAAUGAAUGUUAUGCACUAGUGGCGGUGAAAUCAAACCUGCACAAGCACAUUCUCCAUGCCUCUCAUGAUCUCCACAAGCACAUCUCUAGAACAGUCAGUGAGCUUGAACGGACGUCUUUGCAAUCCACUUUUGGUUGGGAAUCCGAUAUAUCUUUCCCAAAGGUUCUUGGAGAUGUGAUAGAGUCUUUAGCUGGAGCGAUAUUUGUCGACUCGGGUUACAACAAGGAAGUAGUGUUUGCGAGUAUAAAGCCGCUGUUGGGUUGUAUGAUAACUCCAGAAACCGUGAAGCUGCAUCCUGUGAGAGAGUUGACAGAAUUGUGCCAGAAAGAGCAGUUGGAGUUGAGCAAAGCCAAAGGUUACAAGAAUGGUGAAGCUUAUUUCACAGUUGAAGUGAAAUCUAAGGAAAUGAGUUUUGCUCACACAUCAAAGGCUUCUGACAAGAAAAUGGCCAAGAAAUUGGCUUACAAAGAAGUCUUGAACUCGCUUAAGAAUCAUCUUGACUCCUAGAUUUCUUAUUCUUGUUGAAUUAUAUUGCAACAAAUUAUGAUGUUAUCUUCUUCCAGAGAACAUAUAUUUUCAAUCUUCAUAUGCAAAUUAUUAAAUUAUUUUUUGUACCAAACAGGUAUGUAUGAUAGUACACCAUCUCCAUCGAGAAUGAGAAUGGCAUGGCAACUUUAAGAAGGAAAACAUUGGAUUGUUAUGGAAGAUUCCAAGAUCAAAAGACAUGAUGAGCAUUCCGGUAGUAUCGGUUAAUGUAGGGAUACUUGCCGAGUCCUGAGACCUCUGGUGGAGGCUUAGGGUAGAAUUUGUAAAACUUGAUGCUUUCAUAGGCUUUCCUAUCUUCUUCGCUCACUUCUUCUCUUGCUUUCAUUCGAGCAGCUUUUGCCUGCAGGCCUUGCUUUCUUUGCUGCUCGAACCUGCUCUUUGACAAAUUCCUUGAAUUCAUCCUUUUGUUCUGCAGAUAAUUCUUCUUCUUCAAUCAGGUCAUCAGCAAAUUCCUGAGAUGAAAUGUACACAAAGGCCAUCUCAAAGCUUCAGCAAUAC